ACUAGCUAAAGUGUUUCCGCCGUUAGCGCCUCCGACGGUCCGUUUGACCCACAAACUGUCCGUUAAGUUGAGUCAUUUAUGAACGUGUCACUGUAACCGGGAUUUACGGGAUUAACGGGAGCCGUUGGGCCUCAACGGUGAGAUAAACUGCCCCGCCCCCCCCCGCAGGUGUUGGUCUUCCCAAUUGGACACCCGCUGCGCUGUAAAUCCGACAUGGUGCGACAUGGUUUGCAUUGGGAGGCCCCCCCCCCCUCCUGGCUGUGUAACCGGAGCUCCUAAAGUGACCUCGAUGUCCCGGUGAGCUUCGCCAUCAGCAGUGGCGUCAUGGCGUCCCGGCUGCUCUACCGUCUGAAGCGCUCGUUGUUUAAAGAUGGUCAAGGGGCGGGACCUGAGCAGGAGUCCGCGUGCGGACAGGAAGUGGAGGACGGCUGGGAGGCAGAGCUUGAAGAGGAGGAGGAGGAACGGGUGACCGAUCGGUUGGGCGGGACGCUGUCCUUCGACGCUGGAGGAGGCGAAAGAGUUGAGGACGGGAGCGAGGAGCUGGACAGCGAUUCUGACUACCUGGGAGAGUCGAUGGAGGAGGGGCUUAGCAGCACAGACACCAGUCCGGUGGGCGUGGCCCCAGUGGGCGUGGCCCCGCUGGCCCCUCCCACGUCCUUCCUGCUGACUCGGCAGCUUCAGGAGAGCUGGAGGACCCUGCGUGGACUCGGCGGAGGAAGCCCCGCCUCCACCGGGAGGCAGCCGACAGACGACUUGCUGUUUGAGGUGACGGACGCCAGUGUGGUGCAGGACGCCUCCUCUAAAUACGUGCUCUACACCAUCCACGUCGUCCAGUCCGCCGGCAGCGACAAGACGCCGGCUGUCAUCACCUGCCGCUACUCCGACUUCCAGCGGCUUCACGCCGCGCUGCGCCGCGACCACGGAGAUCAGAUGGGGCGCGUCUGCUUCCCGCGAAAGAAGCUGCGCAGGAACUACACGGCGGAGACAAUCGGCAAGCGGAGCCGGGCGUUUGAGCAGUACCUGUCUCACCUGUGCUCCCUGUCGGGCCCGCGGGGGGCGCCCUGCGUCCGACACUUCUUCUACCUGGCCGACCUGCAGGCCGGACAGCUGCUCAUCAGGAUCGUGGUUCAUGGAGAACCCUUCCUGAAGACCAUCAGUCCGUUCUCUGCAAAAGUCUUCAACUAUAUGAAGGACUUCAAACUACCCAAGAGAGAGGCGCUGCAGGUGAGCAACCACUUACCUGUGGAGGUGCGGCUAAAGAGCUCCGCCCUUCUCCUCCAGGCCACGCCCCUCCUGAUCCUGGCCCAGUCCUUCCUGUCCGCUCUGUGAUCGACUGCUUCGGUCUCGAAGGCCUUUUUUUAAAUGUUUCUCCUCUCAGGGAUCUGCCAACAUGGCUGACGGCAACAAAGUCAUUCACCUGGAUGAAUGUGUCAUGUGACCCAAGCCAACCAACGGGUGAAUGAGAAGCAACCGGCUGUUUUUCAAUGUUUACGCUCUAAUUAUUAUUCAUUCACAUUGUUAAGAGACAGACGCUGAAUGUCUGCAGACCAAGAAGAUACACUUCACAUCUUCAGAUGAUGCCGUCAUCAACAGAUUAUUGCUGCAUUGUUAUGAAUUAUAGCAUUAAAGACAACGUAUAAAUGAUUUAGACCUUUGUCUGAUAAAAAGCACCAAAUUUACACUUUUUGAGUAAAACCUGCUUCUGGUUUAGAAGAGAACAAAUAAUAUUAAAGUUUGUGGAUUUAACAGUAUUAAUAGGCAUGAAAUCUACAUUCAUCUGUGUUCUAUUGAUUAUUGGGAAGAACUGAACAAUGAUCACAUUAUUGAUCCGCUGUAGUGCAUUCCUGGUUUAAAGGACUUUCAAUGGAUGUAAAUGUUGUACACGUUUUAAGGACGCAUCAUGUGACCGUUUCCUGUUUCCACCUCCGGUCUGGUCCUCUUGUACGGAAACUGGAAUAUUCUACUGUAAUGUUUAUUUGUUUUUAAAUCAUUUUAGUAAAGUUAUCGAAAAGCUGAUUAUCUUGUCAACGCUUCAUAAUGUAUCAGAAGGUGUAACAUUUUUUAAGAAAUGAAAUGAUUAUUGCUGCGGAACAUUAACCAGCAGGUGGAAACAUGAAGCCAAAAACCAUGAGCCGUAUAUUUGAUCUUCAAAACGAGAUGGUGCUUCAUUCAUUUGGUCACAAAGGAAGAUCAGCUGCUGCUUCUUACUGCUGCUGUCAAUCACAUAUUCAAAUAAACUUCAUUAGGAAUGUUAAUGAAUGAUCAAUAAUGUUCCCCUAUUGAUCUAAAUGUUAAUUAGAACUGACAUAAAAUUGCUUCACAAUCUUGGUCGUCUUUUGCAUUAAAUCAUUUGUAAAAA